AUGGAGCGCCGCACACUCCUCGCCCAGCCCAGGCUGAGGACCAGGGACGCCGGCUGGACGCUUCUCUAUUUCCUCGGCUCCGUCCUCCCCCAGACCGCCCCGCAAGUACUCCGGAUCGGAGGGAUUUUUGAAACUGUGGAAAAUGAACCUGUUAACGUUGAAGAAUUAGCGUUCAAGUUUGCAGUCACCAGUAUUAACAGAAAUCGAACCCUGAUGCCUAACACCACAUUAACCUACGAUAUCCAGAAAAUUAACCUUUUUGAUAGUUUCGAAGCCUCACGGAGAGCAUGUGAUCAGCUGGCGCUUGGUGUGGCUGCUCUCUUUGGUCCUUCCCAUAGCUCCUCCGUCAGUGCUGUGCAGUCUAUUUGCAACGCUCUCGAGGUUCCACAUAUACAGACUCGCUGGAAACACCCCUCCGUGGACAACAGAGACCUGUUCUACAUCAACCUCUACCCCGAUUAUGCGGCUAUCAGCAGGGCAGUCUUGGAUCUGGUCCUCUACUACAACUGGAAGACAGUGACCGUGGUGUAUGAAGAUAGCACAGGUCUCAUUCGCCUGCAAGAGCUCAUCAAAGCUCCCUCCAGAUAUAAUAUUAAAAUCAAAAUCCGCCAGCUGCCCUCUGGGAAUAAAGAUGCUAAGCCGUUACUCAAGGAAAUGAAGAAAGGCAAGGAGUUCUACGUGAUAUUUGAUUGUUCACAUGAAACAGCCGCUGAGAUCCUUAAGCAGAUCCUGUUCAUGGGCAUGAUGACUGAAUACUAUCAUUACUUUUUCACAACCCUGGACUUAUUUGCUUUAGAUCUGGAACUCUAUAGGUACAGUGGUGUAAACAUGACUGGGUUUCGGCUACUGAAUAUUGACAACCCGCACGUGUCCGCCAUCAUUGAGAAGUGGUCCAUGGAAAGAUUGCAGGCUCCACCCAGGCCUGAGACUGGCCUUUUGGAUGGCAUGAUGACUACUGAAGCUGCUCUGAUGUAUGAUGCUGUAUACAUGGUGGCCAUUGCCUCCCACCGGGCUUCCCAGCUGACUGUCAGCUCCCUACAGUGCCACCGACACAAGCCAUGGCGCCUUGGGCCCAGAUUUAUGAAUCUGAUCAAAGAGGCUCAGUGGGAUGGCUUGACUGGGCGUAUCACCUUCAAUAAAACCGAUGGCUUGAGGAAGGAUUUUGACCUGGACAUUAUUAGUCUCAAAGAGGAAGGAACUGAAAAGGCUGCUGGCGAAGUGUCUAAACACUUAUAUAAAGUGUGGAAGAAGAUUGGGAUUUGGAACUCCAACAGUGGGCUUAACAUGACGGACGGCAACAAAGACAGGUCCAAUAAUAUCACCGAUUCUCUUGCCAACCGAACACUCAUCGUCACCACCAUUCUGGAAGAACCCUAUGUGAUGUACAGGAAAUCUGAUAAGCCCUUGUAUGGAAAUGACAGAUUUGAAGGAUAUUGCCUGGAUCUAUUGAAGGAAUUGUCAAACAUCCUGGGUUUCAUUUAUGAUGUUAAACUCGUCGCUGAUGGCAAAUAUGGCGCUCAGAAUGACAAAGGAGAGUGGAAUGGAAUGGUCAAGGAACUCAUAGAUCAUAAGGCUGACCUGGCGGUGGCUCCUCUUACCAUCACCUACGUGCGAGAAAAAGUCAUCGACUUCUCCAAACCCUUCAUGACCCUGGGCAUCAGCAUUCUCUACCGGAAGCCCAAUGGCACUAAUCCAGGGGUCUUCUCCUUCCUCAACCCCCUGUCUCCUGACAUUUGGAUGUAUGUCCUCUUAGCCUGCUUAGGAGUCAGUUGUGUACUUUUUGUGAUCGCAAGGUUUACACCCUACGAAUGGUAUAACCCCCACCCAUGCAACCCUGACUCAGACGUGGUGGAAAACAAUUUUACUUUACUAAAUAGUUUCUGGUUUGGAGUUGGAGCUCUCAUGCAACAAGGAUCAGAGUUGAUGCCCAAAGCUCUCUCGACCAGAAUAGUUGGAGGGAUAUGGUGGUUUUUCACCCUAAUCAUCAUUUCAUCCUACACUGCCAAUCUGGCCGCCUUCUUGACAGUAGAGCGAAUGGAAUCCCCCAUUGAUUCAGCGGAUGAUUUGGCAAAACAAACCAAGAUAGAAUAUGGGGCUGUCAGAGAUGGAUCAACAAUGACCUUCUUCAAGAAAUCGAAGAUAUCCACCUAUGAGAAGAUGUGGGCUUUCAUGAGUAGCAGGCAGCAGACUGCCCUGGUCAAAAACAGUGAUGAGGGGAUCCAUCGAGUGCUCACCACUGACUAUGCCCUGCUGAUGGAGUCCACGAGCAUCGAGUAUGUGACGCAAAGAAACUGCAACCUCACCCAGAUCGGGGGCCUCAUUGACUCCAAAGGUUAUGGAGUGGGAACGCCGAUUGGCUCUCCUUACCGGGAUAAAAUUACUAUUGCUAUUCUUCAAUUACAAGAAGAGGGGAAACUGCAUAUGAUGAAAGAAAAAUGGUGGCGGGGAAAUGGCUGUCCAGAAGAAGACAACAAAGAAGCCAGUGCUCUGGGAGUAGAAAAUAUUGGGGGCAUCUUCAUUGUUCUGGCUGCUGGAUUGGUCCUUUCUGUAUUUGUAGCCAUUGGAGAAUUUAUUUACAAAUCCCGAAAGAACAAUGAUAUUGAACAGAAAGGAAAGUCAUCAAGAAUUAGAUUUUAUUUUAGGAACAAAGUAAGGUUUCAUGGGAGAAAAAAACAAAGCCUUGGUGUAGAGAAGUGUCUCUCUUUCAAUGCCAUCAUGGAAGAACUGGGAAUCUCACUCAAAAAUCAGAAAAAGUUAAAGAAAAAGUCAAGAACUAAGGGGAAAUCAUCCUUCACAAGUAUCCUUACUUGUCAUCAAAGACGAACUCAGAGAAAAGAGACGAUGGCGUGA